CGGCAGGACGGCGACGUAAUCAGAGUCCACAUGAAGACGAGACCGACGGGCGACACGAGCAAUGCAGACUGGAUGGGCUCCCUGUGUCCGGCGCUUACAGCCAUGCCGCUCAAGUGCCUGGCAGUGCCAGGAUCUCAUGAUUCAUUCAGUUUUUGGGUGGACGAGCGAGCCCCGGUGGGCCCCGAUCAGAAGGCGGUCGUCAAGCACCUAGUCUCUGUGUUCCGUCUGCUGGCCAAGAAGGUGAUGAAGAAGUGGUCGAUGACACAGAACCUCAACUUCAGGGAGCAACUGGAGGGCGGCAUUCGCUACUUCGACCUCCGCGUGUCGUCUAAACCGGGGGACGCUGACCACGAGGUUUACUUCAUUCACGGCCUGUUCGGCCUCAAAGUGCGAGAUGGGCUCAACGACAUAAACAACUUUCUGGACUCUCACCAUAAAGAGGUCGUGUUUUUGGAUUUCAACCAUCACUACGCCAUGGACUGUGAGCACCAUCGGUAUCUGAUCAACAUGUUAAAGGAGGUUUUUGGGUCCAAGCUGUGCAGGAUAAAUGUGGUGGAGGACAUCACUUUGGAUUACCUGUGGACGAAGAAGUACCAGGCCCUGGUGUUCUAUCAUCACCGGUCGGCUGAGGGCUGUCUGCUGAUGUGGCCCGGCAGUAAGAUCCCAGCCCCGUGGGCCAACACCACCGACACCACCAAACUCAUCACCUUCCUGGAGACCACGCUGGGCGAAAGAGCCAACUACGGCAGCUUCCACGUGUCUCAGGCUAUCCUCACCCCUCGCGUCAGGACUAUCAUCAGAGGCCUGGUCAGGGGACUGCGCAACUACCUCGUGGAGAAAAACCUGCCAAUCAUCAUGACGUGGGUAGAGGCUCAGAAACCGGGCGUGAAUGGUGUGAACAUCAUCACCUCAGACUUUGUGGACUUAGUAGACUUUGCCAAUACUGUUAUCAGACUCAAUGAACUUCUGCUUCCUGACCGGGCAGUUACACGACCCCUACGAUGCUAA